UCCUUCUCUAAUGCCCAGAUCGAUAAGAAUGAGUAGACUUUGGUUAUGUGGUGUUCAGUCUUUUGCUUUCACUCUGGCUACAGUCAUCACUCCGGACCAGCUUAUCACCGUACUCUGGCUUAACUCCCCUACAAUUAAAUCCCAAGGUGACUGAAACUUGACCCGGAUUUCUGGCUGCGGAAGGAGUAACCUUUCCUACGGGAGGCUGCGAAUCCAGAGCCGCCGGAUCCCUUUCUGUGCCAACCCGGAGAGGAGAUUUAGGGUUUGUGCUGCACUGGCGGGAGUCCAGCUCCUCCACCAGCACUGCUCGGAAGUCACAGCGGAAUACAAAAAACAGCUUCUGUUUACACAGACUCAUCACGCUACCUCCUUUUAUCCUUACCUCUCUGUUUCUUUCCUGUCCUGGCUACUCAUUUGCCUCCUCACUGCUGUCCUCAAGGGAACGUUUAUCCCUUUAACAUCACCUCAUCAGCUCAUCGCGCCCCCGCCCUCUCCCCACUCCCCCCCCAGUUUUAUUCAACUCGUAAUGAACUCCUCAACAUCCAUUACAUCCCUAUUCUCCUUCACCAGCCCGGCGGUGAAGCGCCUGCUCGGCUGGAAACAAGGGGAUGAGGAGGAGAAGUGGGCAGAAAAGGCUGUGGACUCUCUAGUGAAGAAACUAAAGAAGAAGAAGGGGGCGAUGGAGGAGUUAGAGAGGGCCCUCAGCUGCCCCGGGCAGCCCAGCAAGUGUGUGACGAUUCCUCGGUCGCUGGAUGGGAGGCUGCAGGUGUCCCACAGGAAGGGUCUGCCCCACGUCAUCUACUGCAGGGUGUGGCGCUGGCCCGACCUGCAGUCCCACCACGAGCUGAAAGCCCUGGAGUGCUGCGAGUUCCCCUUUGGCUCCAAGCAGAAGGACAUCUGUGUCAACCCCUACCACUACAGGCGUGUGGAGACUCCAGUGCUGCCACCAGUUCUGGUCCCACGCCACAGCGAGUUCAACCCCCAACACAGUUUACUGGCGAAGUUCAGGAACACCUCUCUGCACAACGAGCCUCUGAUGCCGCAGAACGCCACUUACCCGGACUCCUUCCCUCCGCUGCCCUGCUCGUCCUUCUCCGCCUCCCCCUCCUCCUCCCUCGCCCAGUCUCCCACCUCACAGAGUUACCCCAACUCCCCCAACAGCUCCGCAGAGCCUGGCAGUCCGUACCACAUUGCAGCUGAGACUCCCCCACCUCCGUACAGCAUGAUGGAGACGAGCCCUCAAGAGGAUGUGAAGCCCAGCAACUCCACGGGAACCACUAAACUUACGUUUUCCGCUCCGCACACAGAUCUGCGGCCCGUUUGCUACGAGGAACCAGAGUACUGGUGCUCCAUAGCCUACUACGAGCUCAACAACCGGGUGGGGGAGACUUUCCACGCGUCGUCCCGCAGCGUCCUGGUGGACGGCUUCACGGACCCGUCCAACAACAAGAACCGCUUCUGCCUCGGCCUGCUGUCCAAUGUCAACCGCAACUCCACCAUCGAACACACUCGCAGGCACAUAGGCAAAGGUUUACACCUGUACUAUGUCGGUGGCGAGGUGUACGCCGAGUGUCUGAGUGACAGCAGUAUCUUCGUCCAGAGUCGCAACUGCAAUUUCCAGCACGGCUUCCACGCCACCACCGUGUGCAAGAUCCCCAGCGGCUGCAGCCUCAAGAUCUUUAACAACCAGCUGUUUGCUCAACUCCUCGCCCAAUCGGUCAACCACGGCUUUGAGGUCGUCUAUGAGCUCACUAAGAUGUGCACCAUCCGAAUGAGCUUUGUCAAGGGCUGGGGUGCUGAGUAUCACCGUCAAGAUGUGACCAGCACCCCCUGCUGGAUCGAGGUACACCUGCAUGGGCCCCUGCAGUGGCUGGACAAGGUCCUCACUCAGAUGGGCUCCCCGCACAACCCUAUUUCUUCAGUGUCGUAACGGGAACGCGCACACUUUUUAGUGUGUGCUCUCGGUCCUUCACACAGGUAGUCGUAGAUUCUGUAUGCUCUUCUAUGUCCAGGUUUUCUGUCCUAUGGUCCCUCCCUUUGACAUCUCACAGUAAAUGGCCAAAAUAUCUGUCGCGGCUUUGUCACACCAUUCAGCACAACUGAGACACGUAUAACUGAAAUUCAUUUAGCUAAUUUAAGUCUCAUGUAGGUAAAUGAUCGAGUGUUCUUUCAUUUCAUUAUGAUAAAGCAUUUACCUUCACUCUCUCUCUCUCCCCAUUUCAAUUGGGACAUGGUAACUGCACUCCAGGACAAGAAAAAAUGGGAUAUAUUUGUAGGUACUCAGACUUGUGUUAUAUGUUAUAAAUGUUAUUACAGUAGUAUGUAUUGUAUUUCCAAGUGUUGACUAAUGUUUGACUUCAUGUAGUGGUUGCUUUUUCCUCAUUCCAUUAAAGUUGUUCUUU